CCUGCCUGCCUGGACUCCUGCUCUGUGGCCUUGGGCUGGCCGUCUGCUGGGAGCCUGUCUCCCUUUGUACACGGGUGCAUGAGGUGGAAGGGGGUGGGUGCAGGCAGCUGGGAACCUGUGUGAGAUGAGGGCAGGCUGAUGAGCGUCACACAUGCACUGUCAUUUCAUCCGAGCCAUUCUCCGGAGACAGCCACGGAGAAAACAGGUGCAAAGACACGAAGUCCUUGCUCGUGGGCAAAGGUGGCCUGGCACCCAGCGGGGUCUGGUCCAGGCCAGUCUACCUCGCUGGACCCUGCAGACCCAGGGCCAGGAGGUUCCCCUGGAGCUCUGGGCUCAGUCCCUGGGAUCCUGACAAUAGCCUUUCCAACCUCCUGCUGGCCUGACUGGGGCGGAAAGUGAUCACCGGUGUACCCUCUUUUCUACCUUCUCGGGAGUCCCUAGCCUGUCCCUGGACGCCCUGUUUCUAUUCCCCAGGGCCCCAGUGAAAAGGGCCCCCCCUUCCAGUGGCAGCUGCAGUGAGAGGGGAGCCAGCAGGCCUGGGUCAAGGAAGGGAGGGCAGGGGACUGGGAUUGUCUGGGGAGUGGGGCCUCCCUUAGCUCACUUACCUGGCACAGUGCCCUGAGCAGCUCAGCACCCUGCUGCCCACCUGGCUUUCAGGGUUUCUGUUGGCCCCAAGCUUGCUCAGACAGAGCCAGCCCCUGCUUUUGUCCGAAUUCCUACAACCCUCUUUCUCUAAGUGUGGGGCUUAGGGCCAGGGGAGGCCCUGGCUUCAUAGGGUCUCUGGAGACCCCAAUCCUGGGCAAGUCUGAUCCUGAGUCUCCCAGGUGUACAGCACAGAGGAGUGGGUCUUGGGUCUCAGUGCAGAACAGAAGGGGUGAGUUAAAUGUGGGAAUGGUGUGUAGGUCCCUGGAGGGGCUGCCAGCAGAUUCUGGAGCCCCUCCUGGACCAGAUGUGGGUGUGCCCCCAGCCUGGGCAGGAGGAGAAAGGAGUGAGAGAGGGCGGCUCGCUGGCUGCAGGCGUGCCUGUGCCCUGGAGGCAGUCCAACUCACCGCCCCUCCUACUGUCUGCUUCAGCUAGCUCCCAACACUACCCUACUACUGCUCCCUUGACUGCGUCCCAACCUGGGGGCCCCCUGGCCACCUGCCAGCUUCUGUGCACCCAUCUUCCCAAAGGAAUACCCUGAACUGCUAUCCCCACCCUCUCGUUGAGAAUAAAUUGCGCUCUGGCUCCCUCUGCUGCCUUCACCCCCUGGCAGCCAGGUGGCUCUGGAGCACCACCACCAGGCGGCCUUUGGGUCUCGUGUCUGGGCUCUGCCCUGCUUAGGCCAACCCUUGGAGUGGGCAGGUGGGCAGCUAGGUUCUGGCCCUCUCUCCCUGAGGCGCCCCUUGGUCUGGGGCUCGGUGGCCUCCCUCCUGCUGCCCAAGGUGCUGUCAUCUGCAGGGGCCAGUGGUCGGGAGGCUAGCCACCUGCCCUCUGGCCCUGCACAGCCCCUGGUUUUGGUUUUAAUUGGUGCCCAUUGGGAGGCUGGCCUGGAGCAGGCCCAAGGGCUCAGCUACGGGAGUGACAGAGGGUUCCUAAUUCUGAGAUGCUCACGGGCUGUGGAGCUGGACUUGGGUGCCCGCCUGCGUCCCACUGAGUCACAAGGCCUGGGAGGAGAUGGCAGGAUAAGGCCCCCGACUUUUCCUUUGACUCAUGUUCUCUCACCUUCUUUCCUCCAAGAGCCUCUCAUUCUGACCCAUUUCUGGGCCAAACCUCAGAGCCCCAUUUCCCAGCCAGCAGGUUCUCACAGCUGGGGCCCUGUGGCUGCCAACACGAGCUGGUGGGCUGUGCUGGGGGAGCCACCGAGCUAGGGCGGAGGUGGGGAGACUCCUUCGAAUCCACCCAGGAAGGGAGCAAGCGGUGGGUGUGGGUGAGGCCUCUGGCAGGGGCCCAGGCCAGCCUGGCAGUGCAAACAGGAAGAGCAGAGGUGCUGGCAGCCAGAAGCCAGGUCGCUAACAGGCUGCAGCAGGAUCAGCUCCUUCCUGCGUACCCCCACCGUCUGCUGGGUGUCCGCCAUAGGGACAGAGAGGAGGAGGUGGGCUGAAGUGAGGCCCGAAGCAGGCUGUGGCUUCUCUGGGACCCCCCUGCCAGGAAAGAGAUGCCAGGGUGGGACCAAAGACCCAGUGCCACUGUGGUCAUCUCCCCAAACAUUGGGGCUGGAAGGGUUGGGGGCUGGUGACAGUCACCCACUCUUGUCAGGCCCUGAUGAUGGCCAGUGGGAUCCAGGCCUGGCUGUUGCUUCCACACCUUGGGUCUGCCAGAUGGUUUCCAACAGAUCCCACAGCCCUCCCUCCCCUCCUUCCGUAUUGCACAAGGCCCCACCGCAGCUCGGAGGUUUUGCAGGGGGUGGGGAGCCUCAGAGGGGCCAAACUGCCCCCUCUCCUGGACUUGCCUCUGUGUCCCCCAGGGGCCUGCUGUCAGCUCCCCGGUUCCUGCCCUGAUGGCAAUCUGGUUCCCACUGGGGGGCAGGAGCCGGAGAAGGCCAGCAUCCCUGAGGGGAGCAGGGUAGGGAUGGCAGGCCACAGGGAGACCCACAGGAUGGCACAGGUGGCAGACCUGGCUAACGGUUUCUGGUUGCUGUUCCUGUUACGACAUCCGGCCCAUAGCCUCCAAGAACCUGACCGACCUGAGACCUCCCUGACGCUGAGCAGGAAGGCUGGGAAUUGCCCUGCCAUAUCCAGGACCAAGGCACCUCUGCCUGGUGGCUGCCGUGAUUUGAAAGCGUGGGGCUUCUUGGGUGACUGAUUCUGGGAGCUGUAGAUGAAUAAUGCCGGGCGUGUCUCCAUCCAGAAGCUUCGAGCCCUGGGGGGCCUGGCCGGGGUGGUCCUGCUCACAGUCCUCUGGCUGCUGUGGCUACUCCGCUGGGCCCCUGGAGCAAUCCCGGCACCCCAGCCCACACUCACCAUCCUCAUCUGGCACUGGCCCUUUGCCAACCGGCCCCCAGAGCUGCCCAGCAACACCUGCAGCAGCUACGGCGUGACCCACUGCCACCUGAGCACCAACCGCAGCCUGCUGGCCAGCGCGGAUGCCGUGGUUUUCCACCAUCGCGAGCUGCAGGCCCGGGGGGCCCGCCUGCCCCUGGCGGAGCGGCCACAUGGGCAGCCCUGGGUGUGGGCCUCCAUGGAGUCGCCCAGCCACACUCGCGGCCUUGGCCGUCUCCAGGGUAUCUUCAACUGGGUGCUCAGCUACCGCCGUGACUCAGACAUCUUCGUGCCCUACGGCUGCCUGGAGCCCCGCGAAGGGCCUGCACCACCGCUACCAGCCAAGAACGGAGUGGCUGCCUGGGUGGUCAGCAACUUCCAGACGCGGCAGCGGCGUGUGCAGCUGUACCAGCAGCUGGCGCCUCACCUGCCGGUGGACGUGUUUGGCCGGGCCAACAGGCGGCCACUGUGCAGCGACUGCCUGCUGCCCACCGUGGCCCGCUACCUCUUCUACCUGGCCUUUGAGAACUCUCAGCACCCAGACUACAUCACUGAGAAGUUCUGGCGCAACGCACUGGCAGCCGGCGCCGUGCCCGUGGUGCUGGGGCCCCCCAGGGCCACCUACGAGGCCUUCGCACCGCCUGACGCCUUCGUGCAUGUGGAUGACUUCGGCUCGGCGCGAGAGCUGGCUGCCUUCCUCACUGGCAUGAACGAGAGUCAGUAUCGGCGCUACCUUGCCUGGCGACACCGGCUCCGCGUGCGGCUCUUAGGUGACUGGCGGGAGCGCUUCUGUGCCAUCUGUGCCCGCUACCCCCACCUCCCCCGGGACCAGGUCUACCAGGACCUCCAAGGCUGGUUCCAGGCCUGAACUCUGCGGGCAGAGGAGGCAAGGCCGACUGGGAGCAGGCAGUGUGGGUGGACAGCUGGGUGUUGAAAUCAAACCACCAGGCAUCCGGCCCCCCAGGAAACCAUCAUGCUAAUGUGGAGGCUGGGGUGGGAGGCCAGUGAGCAAGGAUGCGGGAGGAGUGGGCAGGUCUGGGCAAGCUGCCUAGAGGAAGAGGCUGGUGGGCACUGGAGCAGGCAUUCGGGGGCAGAAGUGAGAGCAGGGAGGGAGUUCGUGGAGGUGCAUGUUUCUGAGGCUCAUUGAAGACCAGAGGCUGCUGAGGCCCUCCCUCCCCACCAAGAUCAAAUCUUGGGUGGGUCAAAGCUCAACCCUUGACGUGGGCAUGUGAUGAUGUGGGCUGAGACAGGCUAGAGCCAGGGCCCCUGGGGCUGAAGACACGUCACCCUGUGGUUUGUGGGGAUGAAACCUGGAUCCCCUGAACCUCCUCUGUACCCAAGGUCCCCAGGAUGUGCAGGCACGUUGUGUGCCCCGCUCACAAUUCUGGAUCCCCAGUAUGUGGACCUGUGUAGGGUGGGGCACUGGCCUGAGCGAGCCAGGUGGUUCUGGGCUUUUUGCAGCCUGCAGCCCACUCGGGGAGGGGCCAUUAAUCAAUAAAAAAAACAAAGGACAA